AUGUCGGAUCGAGGAGAGGGCUACAAUGCCCGCCUAGGCGUCAAUACGAAUGAAAUCCCCACGGCACAACACUUACCUGCGGCAUCGGGUGCCGAACAAGACCGGUACGGCGGCUGGUUUGGUGGCAAAGCCGAUAAAGCUACCGAGAAGAUCGAGCAUGCUGCAGACCGCCUGGGGGAGAACCUCCCCCGCGGCGCCGGCGCCGAACAAGAGCGCUUGGGAGGCUGGUUCGGCGGCAAGGCCGACAAGGCCACGGAGAAACUCGAGCAUGCGGCGGACAGACUCAAGGAGAACCUCCCCCGUGGUGCGGGCGCCGAACAAGAGCGCUUGGGAGGCUGGUUCGGCGGCAAGGCCGACAAAGCCACGGAGAGACUCGAGCACGCUGCGGACAGGAUCAAAGAGAACCUCCCCCGCGGCGUCGGCGCAGAGCAAGAGCGCUACGGAGGCUGGUUUGGUGGUGACAAGGGUGACCGGGCCGCCGAGAAGCUAAAACAGAACCUCCCGCGUGGUUCCGGGGCCGAGCAGGAUCGCUAUGAGGGCUGGUUCGGUGGCCACGAGCUGCCUUCUGUCGAGAAGCUUGGCGAGAAGCUGCCGCGUAUGUCUGGUGCUGAACAGGAUCGGUAUGAUCGCUGGUUCGGUGGUGAUAAGGGACAACCUGCCGGCACCUGGGUUAAGGAGCAUAUGCCGAGAGCCUCGGGCGCCGAGCAGGAUCGGUAUGCUGCUCAUUGGGAGGGUGUGGUUGAUCAGGUCACGGACAAGAUCAAGGAGAAGAUGCCGAGCGGCGUUGGGGCCGAGCAGGAGCGUCUUGGGGGUUGGUUUGGCGGCGACAAGGUGCCUUCUGCCUCCCAGGUCAACGAGAAGCUCCCCAAGACGUCUGGUGCGGAGCAGGAUCGUCUUGGUGGAUGGUUCGGAGGUGACAAGUUGCCGUCUGCCUCGGACAUCAAGGACAAAAUUCCAAAGACAUCUGGUGCUGAGCAAGAUCGUUUCGGCGGCUGGUUCGGUGGCGACAAGCUGCCUUCCGGAUCCAAGGUCAACGAACACCUCCCACAUGCUUCUGGAGCCGAGCAAGAUCGCUUUGGAUCUCACUUUGGCGGCAAGGCCGGCCAAGCCGCGGAGGGAAUCUCAAGAAGACUGCCGAGGGUCUCUGGCGCUGAGCAGGAUAGCUACGGCUCGCACUUCAGCCUCCACCCGAGCAACCCCGUCAACGCUGCCACGACAUCAACACUCGGCCUCGUACAAAACGCCCUCCUCCCUUCCUUCGGCCUCCACGCCGGCCUGAGCACCGUCGUCUACGCCGUCGCGCGGUACACCGACCGCGCCGAAGCAAAGGACUGGCUGUGGCCCUCGGGUCAAGUCGCCAACGCCUGGUGGACCGCCAUCGGCGCGCGCGUAGUCCACGACGGCCUCUCCGUCCCCUCGGCAUGGAAUUCCCUCGGUUACACCCAGAAGCUCCUCCUCACUGGCGUCAGCGCCUGGGGUGCCCGUCUAUUCUACCGCAUCGCCACCCGUAGCGUGAAGCGCGGCAAGGACGACGACCGGUACGUCGCGUUGAAGAAGAAGGACCCCAAGUUCUGGGACAGGGCCUUCUUCAGCAUGUUCUUGCCCGAGGCCGCGCUGCAGGCGCUCAUUGCGUUGCCGUUUACGUUGCCAUUCCGUGCGCCGUUGACGAGUGCGCGGUCGUCUGCUUUCACUGAGUUCCCCGAGACGUUCCAUAGCUUGGCUGUCUUCCUCUUUACUGCUGGUCUUGCGCUUGAGACGAUUGCGGACAGCCAGCUUGAGGAGCACUCUAGCAAGAGUAAGGAGAUUAACCGCGAGGGCGUCUGGAGCAUCGUCCGCCACCCCAACUACCUCGGCGACGCCCUCGUCCACCUCUCCUUCCCCGUUCUCCUCUACAGCGCCGGCAUGCUACACCCCCUCGCCGGCCUCGGCCCCGUCGUCAACUAUAUCGUCCUGCGCUACCUUGGCGGUGACAAGGUCACCGAGGCCAGCCAGGAGGAGCGCUAUGCCAAGGAGAACCCGCUCAAGUUCCAGCAGCUCCAGGAGUACAAGCGUGACAAGAACAGCUUCUGGCCCAGCCUUGGAGAGUACGACAACAAGUGGGUGUGGGCUGUUGCUGCUACUGGUGUUGUUGGUGUCGCUGUUGAACGAGGCCUCCUUGCCUUCUUCAGAGGUUAG